CUCGGCGGGGGUCCGGAUGACUCGCGCUAAGCUUGGGAAAGCCCACCGCGCCUCCACACUACAAACGGGUGCACUUCGACCAACUUCUUUUGACUCGGCUCCCUCGAUAACCAUCCCCGCCAGCAUCGAGCUCUGCACCCAUACUCUACACCCCGUGCGUCACCAUGAAGUCCGUCCUCGUCGUUGGCGCUGGUCCGGCCGGUCUGGUCGCCGCGAAGUCGCUUCUCUACCAUGACGGAGGCACCAAAUACAAGGUUACCAUAUUCGAUUCAGCGAAACGCGUGGGAGGGAUGUGGGGCUUCGCUCCGGACGAGUUUGGUAGCAAAUGCCGCCCACAGAUGCGCACGAACCUUAGCCGAUUCACCGUGUCCUUCUCUGACCUCUCAUGGGCCUCUGUCGACCUCACGAAUCCCCUCACGGGAACGACGCACGCCGGGGCGCCGCCAAUGUUUCCCCAGGCAUGGCAGGUUGGACGUUAUCUCGACGCCUACGCGCGGAAGUUCCUACCCGAGAACAUCAUACAUCUGAACCGCGAGGUCCGAGCCGCUGACUUUGUCGAACAUACGCCCUCUCCUGGAGUGUGGAACGUGUCUUCGGUCGACGUGGACACAGAGCAGCUGUUUCAAGACUCCUUCGACCAUCUGGUAGUCGCCAGCGGAUUCUUCGAUCAGCCCGCAUGGCUCGACAACCGAAACCAGGACCCCGACGCCGACUAUCCCGCACGACAGCCUCACUCUUCUAAAUUCUGCCACGUCGAGGAGCUUGCGGAAACACCGGGCAAGAUCGUUGUUGUUGGAGGCGGUAUGAGCGGUUCGGAAGCUGCGGCAACAGCCGCUUUCCAGAUCUCGAGCUCGAAGUGGUCGCCAGGACAGAACAAGCCUCAUUACGCCGACGCCAAGGUCUACCAUAUCUUCAAUCGCCCUUUCUAUUGCCUCCCACGAUAUAUCCCACAGGACGCAUACCUUCCAGUCCGCGAUAGCGCCUCCGGGGGUGUUUCAGAGCCUCGUCCAUCACCCGCUCGCGAUUUCAAUACGGCGCCGCACUUCCUCCCGCUAGACCUUGUGCUCUACAACCUCUCGCGCAGGGGCGAAGGUCCUAUCUCGUCCUCCAAUGGCCAAGUACCGGCCGAGAAGGCUGUGAAGGGGCACGAGUUCAUUCGAUCCCUUGUAGGGGGUGACCAGGGAGACCUCGGACGUCCAGAGCUGGUCUACAGGCCAGAAGCUACACGAUUCCCCGCAUAUACUGGCGUUACGGAUACGUAUACCGAGUUCGUGAGGAGCGGCAUCAUCAUUCCCAUUCAGGGCCGAGCUGGCAGGAUACCGAACCCUAGCAGCGUACAGGGAAUUGAAGAUAAUCACGACCCGUUUAUGCACUACGUGACCGUCGUGCCCCAAUCCCCUUGGGCGCCCGCCGAACAGAACAUGGGCCUCGUAAUCGAUGACGUUUCUGGCAUUAUCGAAGCUUCGGGUUAUCAAGUGCAUCUUAACUACCUCUCGGACCGCGUGAAGAAAGCUUUGGACUACGACCCGAAUUGUCGUCGCCUGCCCUUCCUUCUCUCCCAUGGCGCGGUAUUCAACCCCAACGUACCGCAGAUGGCUUUCAUCGGCUUCUACGAAGGCCCAUAUUGGGGAUUCAUGGAAGCUCAAGCUCGCUUGGUGGCGCAAGCUUGGAAUCCGGAUUCCGGUCAGGCUGCACGACCAGAAACCUCCGACCUUUCUGAAUCUCGCUUGAUUCGGCAAGCGAUUAAAGACAGGGCACUAGAUCUACCGCAAUUCUCCAUGGGAGACUAUGUGGGGCUAAUGGAGGAGUUUUCGCGAGCGACAAACGUUGAGCGUCACGAUUAUGCGCUCGGUCUUCAAGAAGGUCCUGCAUUCCCGGCUCGAUAUGUGGAUUUGAGCACCGACAACGACGCAUUCAACGUCGUUCGCGAAGUCGAAGAGAUUCUGAAGCAAUCCCAAGACGGAAGCAGAUUCGUCGCUGCCGCUGUCUUCAGGGGUCUUCAAGGAAUUUGGAGCGUUCAACGCGGGAUAGACUUGCGAUUUGGCUCCGUGGCUGAAGAGGCGUUCAAGGGCAUCUCCAACUUCCACCCACGCGAACCUACAGAUCCCGCUUACGCUUCCGAAUACUUCUGCGUCGAGGAAGGUAUCUUCACCGCGGAAAAUGGAUCCGUGCGGCAGGGAACUGACCGCUAUAUCUACCGCUACAACGAAGACACGGACACGAUCACUGUUUGGUUCCCGCACAAAGAUGGCUUCACCACGGGGACUCUCCUUGAUACUUGGAAAUUCCGCGCUCCUGAAGAACCUUUCCGUGGUUGGCUUGGUGAAGGAGAGGGGCUUUGCCACGGGGACACAUUCAAGAGCAGGAGCGAGUUUUGGUUCCGCGGCGCGAGCCUUCAACAGUUCAGCCUCGCACUUGACGUUUUGGGGCCGAAAAGGGACUACACGGUGCAAAGCAUGUAUAGCAGGCCUGAGUAAAGGUUGGCGAAGCAUCCUAGGCUGAGAUAGUUGGUGAUAGACUUCAAGAAUAAUGGCAAUGCACUUUAGACCAG